AGAACUGGGGGUUUAAGCAAAGGUAGUGGUUUUCAGAGGGUUUUGGCGAUCAGGAAAGAAAAAAAAACUCAAGAAUUUAGAGUUUUUAGAGCGAGAAAGUUAGAUACAAGUUUGCGUGUAAGAAAGGAUUACGGAAUUGUUAAGAUCUCUUCAAUCUCAUUAGCAAUUCUCUGAAUUGGUUGAGAUCAACAGAAUUCUGAUUGAAUUAUACAGCUUCAGCCUCGAAUUUCGUUAGAUUGUUGAGAAACAUUGUGUAAUUCUGGGUUUUUGGAGAAAUCACAGAUAAAGAAAAAGGCGUUUCGGAUUUGUUACAGUGAAGAAAAUUCGAAAUUCGUUACAUGGUUUAACUCCCUGGAUCAGCUACAUCAAGCAACACGAGGGGUGUCAAUUAAUUAGUUUACGUGAUUUCAAACUUUACACAGUGAAAAUGGUCUGGAACAGCAGUUGUUAAUUCUCGUUCAAUUGUUUUAUCCGGUGCACAAUACUUGUAAAAUAUGGUCUUUCAGAAAAGAUUAGAUUAUGGAUUCAAUGGCUAUCAGGUGCCUCGUGGUUGUAGAUCUGCUAGGGGGAGGAGUUCUCUUAAACGAAAAUUCGAGGACACUCAAAUGGGUGCUUUUGAAUUGCUGGCUACUGUAGCUGGAAAGUUGUUACAGGAGAGAGAAGCUUCUCCCGCUCAUAGUAAUGUAUCGGGUGGAAUUGGAACGACAAUGCAGGCCACCGUUGGCAAAGAUAAUGUUAAACUGGAACAGCGAGAUGAAGAAAAACCUCUUAAGGUAGAAUCUUGUGAUCAGGGAAGCAGCGAAGAGACUAGUUUGGUCUCAAAGCCUAAUCAGAACAAAUGUUUGGAUGAAUUUUCUCAUGUGGUGUCAGAUCCUGCUUCUCUCGAUAAGUCUGUAAAUGCUGAGGAUAGGAAUGAAAUUGUGCCUGAAACUUGCAUUUUCAAUGACAUGCUUGAAUUGGAUACAAAACCUCCUGCACUUGUCAGCUCAGACAGUAGCAUUGGAAUACAUCCAUCUUCAGGUCCUUUCCCUGGUUGUCGGGGUAAUGUAAAGUUAGUUAGUAGAGAUGAUGACGAUAACUCUUCUGGGUGUACACAACCUAGCACCACUCCUUUAAAGUCUUCUAGGACCCCACCACGUCUAGAAGAUCGGAAGAUAAAAAAGGUUUUGGAAUCGAAAUAUUGGGAAGUAGCACCGAAGUUGGAGGGAGAACUUUCUAAUACUGAUGGCUAUAUCAAGCCCAUCUCCCACAACGAGAAAGUCUUUUAUACACGGCAAAGAUCUCUAAGGAAUACUUUGAAGAGGAGGAAGCUCGAUAAAAGAGCAGUUUCAACAUCUGACGGAGGGGUUAGCAGCGAAGUUAUUUCCAAUUCAUCAAAGAACGGGAAGAACGGAAACACCAAUAGUUUAUUUUCAACAACUCAUGGAGGAAGUGGGGUAUCUUCAUCUUCAGCUGCUGGUCACGAGUCUUCCUCUCAAUCAAAGGAUGCUCAUGUGAAGCUUAGUAUCAAAUCCUUCAGGGUACCAGAGCUGUUUAUUGAGAUUCCAGAAACCGCAACUGUUGGUUCACUUAAGAGGUCAGUGAUGGAAGCUGUAGCUGCUAUAAUUGGAGAAGGACUGCAUGUUGGUGUGCUCUAUCAAGGAAAAAAGAUUCGGGAUGACAGCAAAACAUUGCUCCAGACUGGAAUCUGUGACGAUGAUAAGCUGGAUGGUUUGGGUUUUGCUCUGGAGCCAAACCCUACAAAUGGUUCACAUUUCUCCCCCAAAGAUCCUCCAUAUCUGGUUCAAUCUGAUGUGCCUCAGCUGCUGACUAGGUACCCACUUAGUCCUGGCAUAGAUGCCGGACUUUCUGAUGCAUCACCAGAUACUCCGUUGACCAAUUUGACCAACUGUGUAGAAAGUGAUCAUGAUUCUGUUCUCUCUCCAACUGACAUGUCUAUUGACAAAACCAUGCCGGAUUCCAGAGCCCUGGUCCCCCAUCCUUCAAUGAGUGUCGAUGCGUUGGCUGUGGUUCCAUUGCACAGGAAAUCUAGGCGGUCAGAUCUUGUUCAGCGCCGUAUUAGGAGACCCUUCUCUGUUCAUGAGGUAGAAGCACUUGUCCACGCCGUGGAGAAGCUUGGAACAGGAAGAUGGCGUGAUGUGAAGUUACGUGCUUUUGACAACGCAAAACACCGCACAUAUGUGGAUUUAAAGGAUAAAUGGAAAACACUGGUUCACACGGCAAGAAUAUCUCCACAACAAAGGAGGGGAGAACCAGUCCCUCAAGAACUUUUAGACAGGGUAUUAGCUGCCCACGCGUAUUGGUCUCAACAGCAAGCGAAACAGCAAGUCAAGCAACUAACCGAGACUUGCCUUCUCCUCAAGACUUAAAACAAGACAGUAGAUAGAUAAGGCGCUAGAGACGAGGGAGAAGGUAUCGAAAUUGUCUGAUCAUUUGUUAUUAUUGUUGUUUUUGUAAAAAAAAAAGGAAAAGAAAGGUACAAAAAAGAAGUGAUGACAGAGGAUAAAAGAAGGAAACUUCGUCAGUGUAAUAUUCUCACAACACACAACUUACACCCCACCGCAACGAUUCAUUGCCGUUUUAUACCUUUUUCUUUUAGGUGAUUAAGAGAAGAGGUUGUUUUUGGCACUUUUUUUGUAAAUGAACGGAAUAAAGAAGCAUUGCUAACGUAAUUAAUUCUUCAGAGCAGAGAGAUAGAGAAGAGAGAAAUCACAUUGUUGUAGUUUAUGAUCGUCGAUCUGUUCUAAUUUCAAUUUAAUUUAAUUCAAUUCAAUUCAUAUUUUUGAUUC